CAUUUCUGCCUAUCGAUUUAAGCUAGCCUCAACCUGCAAGGGCUGCGGAAGGCACCGCGCGGCCUUUAACCUUCCUGAAAUCCAAUUGCGUUCGUCUCUGCUACUUCCAGACGUAAUGGUUUUGUAAAGGAUGUGGAUCGCGCGUCUCAGGGAUAGCAGCGAAGGUCGUUGACAGGGGAUGCAGCGUGGUGUUGCUGCGGACAUUUAUGGCAACAAUUGCUGCCCCGUCAGCGCAAAGUGCGCCGUCUCUUCCGCCUGCGCUCCUGAACGCGGGCACGUAUUUGCCACUUUCGCCAACGGAGCUUAGCCUUAAUACGAGCGCAUGCCGCGUGCUCACGUCAACGUCUGCAGCUCCAGGCAGCAUCUUCGUCUCCUGCCUCUGCGCUGGCUGCACGGUGCGGCCGCUUGAUCUGCUACACCGAGAUGGGGGCACCGUGCUGAGCCUGGACCGAUGGAUCGAGCACGUGUCGGGAGUGGCGUGCGGCGCAGGCGACCUCGCCACAGCCCUGGAUAUAGUGGCGGUGCGGCAGCAGCAGGCGACUGGCGGAGCGGCGUCACUGGUUCCGCUGCGGUCGUGGCUGCGCGCCGCAUCCGCUCACAUGGGCGGUGCGGGCCUGAUGCGGCGCCAGGUCUCCAUCUACUGGUUCUCAAUCGACAGCGACGACAACGAUCCCGGACUGCCGCCGCCGCCCAGCCAGCGGCAGACGGCGGCUGCAGGACCCAAGCAGCCGGCCGGCGCCUGGCGUGCGGCGUCGGUCGUUAGCUACGACCCGAACACAACGGUCUGGACGAUCAAGUACCACACAGACUCCAAGCGACACCACUCGACGGUGCUGCUGCCGUUGUGUGGGGUGCAUUUCGCGCGGAACCCGCCCGCUCCCGGCGCCCGGCCACGGUGCAUGCCUGAGGGCGUGGGGCCGCUGCCGGCAGUCCUGCUGCUGCCCGCAGCGGCGGAGGAGCAGGACGGUGGUCUGCACUUCCCUGCCACCGCGUCGCCAUGGCAUAUGCCUUCCGCGUAUGCCGCGCAGCAACAGCCACAUCACCACCAGCAGCAGCCACAAGCGCCGGCGGCUGUAGCCCACCUGCAGCAACAGCAGCAGCAACAGCUGUACGGCGCGGCGGCGACGCCCGCGCCGGGCCAUGCCGCCGAUGGUCGCCCCACAGCAGCAGGGCCUGGCGGCGGCGUGUUGCCGAGCUGGGCUCCGAGCCGCCAAUCAGGUGCAGAUGCUGCUGUACAGCAGCAAGACAACAUGUCGUCGUCAGGCCUGCCAGCGGCAUCUGUGGCUCAUCAUCACGGCAGUAAUGCCACCCCCGCGGCUGCUGCUGAGCGCAGCACCGCAUUCGCUGCCAACCCUGGCGGCGCCGCGGGUGUCAGAGCUGCGCAGUCAUCAGGGGCAACAGAAGCGCUCGUAUGGUCUACCACAGAGGCCUUGCGUCAGGCGGCGCUGCAAUCUGCAGCAAGCGGGCCCCAAAGCGUGCCUGCAGACGAUGGCGGCGGUGGCACCGGCGCUCCUGGCCCCGUCAUGGCACCUCUCGCACGGGCAGCUGAAAGGACGGACGCGCAUCAGACAGUCGAUGCUGGUGCUGGCACAGCACCACACCCGCCGGUGGAUUCUGGCCUCGCCAGCGCUCCUGAAGGCAGCGGUCCAGGUCCCAACCAGCAGCUGUUGGCACUGCUGCCUUGCUUCGCGCAGAGUGCCCCUGCCGUGGUGGGCGCGACUGCAUCCGCCGGAAACGCUGGUGCGCUGGGGCCCGGCAGCGCGACCACCUCCGCUGCUGCUGUGGGCAACGAAGCUGCAGGAGCAGCGCACGUCGUGGGCGUUGGCGCUCUGGGGCUAGAUGGCAGUAGCGCAGACGCCGCAACUACUGGUGCUGGUGCUGGUGGCCACAGCGCUGCUGGUGUGAACGUAGCCCGGGCCGGCAGCAGCAGCAGGCUCUUGGGUCACCAAAUGACAACGUUCGCCAUGGCUGCGAUGCCCUCAGGCGCCGGCAGCUUAGGCCUGAUGGGGCUGAACAGCGGCGGCAGUAGCCUCCCGGGCCAGGAGUACCAGCAGCAGCAGUUGCCGCUGCCGCCGCACCAACACAGCUUGCAGCACCAGCACCUGCACCAGCAGCCGCAGCAGCCAGCAGCGGCAGCAGCCACGCAAGGACCGCAGCAGGCACAGCAGCAGUUCAGCUCAUAUGAGCAGUUGCUUCAGAGUGGAGCCAUGUUUAACCCAUGGGCGGCCGCUGUCGCCGCAGGUGUGUAUGCUCCACCACAGCAACAGCAGACAGGAGCGUUCACCUACAACGCUCAGCAGCCCGCAGGCUCCGCAGCCGCCAUCUGGCCUGGGCCGUUGAUGGUCCACCAGCUGCCGCAGCAGUCGGUGCCGCCGCCGCCGUCUCUGCAGCAGCUGCAACGCCAGCCGUCGACCGCGUCAGUGAUGUCCGUUCCUGACGUGCCAAUGCCUCCAGCGGUGCGCCCGCGCACCAGCAGCCACACCAGCGGCCCGGGCAUGGCGGGCUCUGGCGGCGGCGGCAUACUCCGCACGGCGUCUUACAGCGUCAUCUCCGGUGCCACGGCCGCAGCCACAACGGCACAAGACAUGGCGCAGCAGGCUUCAAUGGCGACAGGUGGUGUGAGCAGUGGUCCGAGCGCAAGCGCAGUCAGCAGUGGUGGCCUUGGGGCCGGCCCAGGCGUUCUGGCGCUCGGUUUCGGCGGCAGAAGAGCAUCGUCGCUUCUUGCAACUCCUAGCGACGCCGGCAGGAACGUCGGCAUCGCGGUUGCGGCUGAGAUGGGCAGCGGCAGUGGUGGCACCCCAGGGCCCGGCGUACUCAUGACAAGCAGCUGGGCACGGGACGCGGCCUCCACGGCUGCGGCUGCGGCUGCGGCUGCAACCAGCGCCGGUCAGCAACAGGGAGGUGGCGCACUACCGCAUGCCGGCCACCACGCCACUGCCACACCAGCGAAUGCCGCAUUACACUUCAGCAGCCGCGGCGUUACAACUGCGGCCGCCGGCGGCAGCAGCGACGCGCCGCCGGCUGUUGGCGCCGCUGGCGGUAUGCAGCCGCGGUCCAAUCCUUUGACGAAUGCACUGAUAAGUGGGGCCGCCGCCGGCGCUGCCGCUGCCGCGGGCGACGCAGCAGCUGUUCACGUCGGUGCCGCCGCUCCCACAGGCGCUCUGUUCAGCGCUUCGGCGCAUCAGACUACCUACGUGCCCUUCUACGGCUGCAUGCGCUCAGGCUACGACAUCCGGGAGCCUGCGGCUAUGACACAGCAGGACUUAGAGGCCGCGGCAGCUGCGGCGCGUUGGUCGGCUCCGGUUGGGGACUUGGCACCGGAUGCAAUGGAUUCUGCAGCCGCCGGACACACGACCGGCGCCAGCGCGCUAGCCACUGGCGGCUCCGGCUUUGGCAGCCGCGUGCUGAGCUUCUGCGGCGACGGCGGCGGAGUGCGCGGCCGCGGAAACUGGCAGGUGCAGAACCUGCGGCAGCUUGCACUCAACACUGCCACUGGUGCGCAAGUGGCAGUGGCGAGGGAUGCCGACGGCCGCGCCGUGUACAGCAACCGAGCGGGUGCCGGCGCGGGUGCUGCUGCCGGCACCGAUGCUGAAGACGUGCUGGGCAGCCUUAUGAUGAUGGGAGACAGCGACAGCGACGAAGAAGCCGACGAACUGCUGGCGCAGCUCUUGCAGCAGCACCCGCUUGACGAUAUCCCAGCCGGGCUCAGCCAGCACCAGCAGCUGCAAUCCCUCACAGCAGACGCUGCUGGUGCUGGUGACGGCGGCGAUGCCAGCAUGCACCAGGGUAUUGGCCAGAGCUUGCUGGCGGGCAGAGGCGCCGCUGGUGCUGGCAUGGGCGGCAGCGCAGAAGGCGCUGUAGCUGCUGCUGUUGCUACUAUUGCUGCUGCUGGGCGACGCGGAGCUCUCACUGCUGGUGCCGCUGUGCCCGGCGUAGCGGGCGGCGGCACCUAUGCCAUCCCCGGUGGCAACGGCUGCGCUCCUUCAACAACCAAUGAGCCCCGCGUGGGGCUUACGCGUGUGGGGCCGCCUCGCUCCGUGAGCUGCGGCGCCGCCGUAGUAGGGUCUGGCGGCGGCGGCAGCGGCCAGGGCGGCCUGGGCGUGGGCAUGCCGCUCGGCACGACGGAUGAGGAAGACCUGGUAGACGAGGAGGGAAACAGAGACGACACAUCGCCGCAGCAAGAGGAGGGCUCGGUGGGAAAGCGUGCGCGUCCGCCUCCGGCCGCAGCGGCUGCGACUGAGCCGACGGCGCCUACAGCUCCUGUUGCACGCAGCGGCGGGGGCAGCCAGCAAGUAGCAGGGCUGCUGCUGCAACCCCGUCCCUUUCUUGCGGCCUUUGCGCCGCCGCCGAUGGGCCUUCUGGCAAUGGGACUGGGCCUGGGGUUGCCGUCGCCGCUGCCGGACCGAGACGUUCACACCGCGCCCCCGUCUGUGAUGGACUGGGAGGGUGUAAUGCCGAGCGAGCUGAACGUCGCUUCGGGCGGCGGCACAGCUGCCCCGCCGUCCACCGCAUACACAGCGGCGGCGCGCCCGCUGCUGUACGGUGGCGCCAGUGGCAGCGGAAGCGUGCUGAUUGGCAUGAGCGCAAGCGUUGCCGGCAGUAGCAGUGCAGCGUCAGCCGCCGCAGCCAACGCCGCUGCGCUGCAGAGCGAGUCAGGCGCGGCCAGCACCGGACGAAGUUCGCUUCUUAUUAGCAGCAGCGGUGCGGCUGGUGUUGGCAUGUCAGCUGCGGCGCUCGCGGCCCGCCAGGUCUCCGGCGCUUCCGCUAUGCCGUCGCAUGUGCUAGACAGCGGCUGGGCUGACGCGUACAUGGCCGGCGGCGGCGGCGGGCCUGUAGCUCCGUCUGCCGCCGCCCAGGCGGCAGCUGCAGCAGCCGGUGGCGGCGGCGCGGCUGUGGCGGGUGCGCGUGCUGACGUGGCAAGCGGGAGCUCCAACGGAUUGCUUUACCAGCUGUCAGGUGCGGGCGGCCCGAUGCCUCUUCCCUCGCCGGGCCACAAGCGCACACGUGAGGAGUCACGGGCUGCGCUACUGCCAGCAGCAGCAACAGGAGCAGUGGGGCUAGCAGCGGGGCUAGCGGCGGUCCCAACAUCCACUGCUGGCAAUAGCUCCUGCUGGGGAGAUGACGCCUUGCUCAGCUUGCACCGCAUCCAGUCGCUCGACCACCCAGCCAUCCAGUCCUUGAACCUCCACACGCCCUCGCCAUCCCCUACGCUGCUGCUGCCGGCGGCGGGGGCAGGAAUGCAGCAGCAGGGGAAUCUGUCACAGCAACACCAACAGCCGUACUAUGCAACCGCAAGUGCGGCGCCGCAACUGCCUGGUGCAGCUGGCUUGGCCGGCGGCGCAUACCACAGCGGCCCCGGCGGUGUCGGGAUCCAUUAUGCCAGCAGCGGUGCUGCGCUUGCCUCCCGCCAGGCAAUGACCCUGAUGAUGUCGCUGCACCAGCAGCACCACCGACACCAGCAGCAAACACCAACAGGCCUAGGAGGAACUGGGGCCGGCGCGGCCCCAACAGCGCUUGCGCCAGCAGGCAGUGGAGGCGCUUCCGGUGCCGGCCGUUUGAGCUUGUCGCGGUUGGUGGCGCCCGCUUCACCAUCGCUUGCCACUCCAGGUGCCCUGCCGCCGCCACAGCAGCCUCAGGAGCCACAGCAGCCUCCUCCGCAGCAGUAGUUCAGUUGCGCGAGUAAGAUUGCGAUACGGGGGACCACCGGUGGUGGGGCGGGCGCGAGGCGCCAGUCAGCAGCACCGCGACACCGACAAGUGCAUGAUGAUGUGCCAAGGAGCGAGGGCGUGCCAACGGGCGCACCGUAUGUAGGCGGGUGUGCGGGCUUCUUUGGUUGCAGUACGCGUAUGAGCGUAUAUAUGCAUGCAGUAGCCGCAACGUAUGGAUGGAGCUAACCCCACCGCUCGCCCCGCUGCUCCUUCUACUCCUGCUGCUGCUGGCAGUAGCGCAGCCAGAGGUAGCUAGCGGCAGGUGCUGUCGCCGGCGCUGCCGCUGCAGCAGCUGUGCGACAGGGCAGCGGUGGAGGUGGGGGACGAGGACAUGGGCGAGCCCCCGCCGGCGCAGCCGCUUGCAGCAGCAGGGUGGCGGCGUAUAUGGCUAGGUGGACAGCGUGUCCGUCGGCGAGGGGAGGCCACUUCAGCGGCCGGUAGCCCCCAUACACCGACACCGACACGCACCGACACCGACACCGACACCGACACCAAGUGCCUAAACGCAUAGGGCGAAGGUGGCCCCGUCAUCACCGGGGGGGGGGGUGGCCGCUCCAUGCGGGUGGGAUACGGCGCCUGGGGGUGGCUGAGGACCACAGUUAACCUCGAGACCAGGAGAAGAUUAUGCAGUAGCUCAGCUAUCGAAACACACCAGGCUUUGAUGCGGUUGGUUGAGAUUUCCAUGUACGCAGCCUGCCUCCCGCAUGUGUCGUGCACGUGCGACUGCGAGAGUUUACGGGCUAGCUGCUGCUUCCACAACCUGCUCUGUCUAUUCUGUCCACUUGAGUGCUUGGAAGAAAGGCAUACAUGCGAGGCCAAGACCUUUAACGAAGUGCGAUUAAGUGUCCCUGUAUUGAGUGCUGCACUGGUAAGAGAUACCGCCGGAAAGAGUCGAAAGAGUGCGUCAUGUUUUCUUAUGCGAGGCCUAGCGCGCAGUAGUGGCUGGACGUUACGCAUUGACGAGUGGACGCCUUAAAACACAGCAGCAGGAUUUGGAGGAUCAAGGAAGGUGCAUGAAGGUGCUUGGCGGAACACAGCAGACAGGCGCAUUGGCACGACUGGUGUCCUUUACUUAGAGUGCUGCGCGUAUGUGGGUGUCGAUUGCUGCGGCGUUGUUACAGAACACUUGAUCGGAACCUAAGUACAGCUGCUGGCCGUACAUUUUCCAGCAGUACGCUACAGUAGGGCCUCCGGAUCACUCGUGCUGCCGUCCUGAACCGCACACGAUGCCCUGCACAGGCAAUGCAGGAUGUAUGUUGUCUGCAUGAAAACUACGCCCUGCUGGGCUUCGGGUUUGCGAACAAAUAUGAUGAUGGGGUAUGUGAAUCUGUCCUUGCAUUUCUUUAACUUGCAUUUCCCUGGAUUAUUCCUUCGGCAUGGGGCAAAACAUAAUUUGUCGCAGCUGAGUGCGCGUGGUAAAGGCAGAGAUUAUGUAAGCAAGUGGAACGAGAGCGGGGGUAUUUCAGUACGUACUUGGGAUGCUUGCAUGUGCGUGGCUGUUGCGUAGGGUCCGCGCAAGGCGGGAACGAGCUUGUAUGCAGUGAAUGGCGUGCGUCGACUUCUAACUUUAGGCAUGAUGGUGGUAUGCAUAUGGAGUGCGUUUCAUUACACACGUGAAUGUCACCUGGCCGCAGACGUAACGCCAGUCGCUGCGUUGCCUAGCCCAUCUUCCACUUAUAACCGACGUAUCGCUAGCCGUUUCAAGGCUGUGCGACGUGUACGGAGCACAAAACCUGCAGCCUGCAUGGACUACGGAUUCAAAUUUCGUGCGUGUGUGUGUCGGGUUACCGGUAGUGAGGAGUCAGACUGUUUGCAGAGGUAGAUGGAUGGGCGUAUGUUGGGCACGCGCGCGCUUGCGCGCGCGGAAUGCCCAAAGCUCUCGAGUUUCAGGAUCCAAGUCUGCCUUGGUCAGGCGGUUUGUCGUGGCUGGGGGUCUACCUCGUGGGUCUACCUUUGACCCGGGCCCGACACACGGCUGCCGCAGCCUUUAAGUCAAUGCUGCAAAUAAGGUCCAAGGUCUUGUUGCCCACGGAGAAGCGGACUGCUGUUGGACGACGCUGGCCUGAAUGAGAUGAGUGUUGGAGAUGAGGGGAUCGUCUGUUAGUAGUUGAUAAGAGGAUGUCCCGCCGCCGUCUGAGCGCUGCAAAGUGAGGGGGGAGCUGCAUAGUAGGCCAGGCUAGCCAGGCCAUACUCGUAAGCCGCUGGUCAAGGGUAGCGGGUUUUGACAUUGAUGAUUGCUUGUGGGGCGCAUUAAUUGUCCGGGUGCUUACAUGUACGCACUCUCGACAGCUGACGCUACAGGGCUCACAUGAAUUUUUGGUGACAGGCAGGUGUGGCAAAACUACCAAGAGCACCAUACAUGGAAUAACUACGCCAUCGGUAGACUUGGUGUGAGGCUGCCUGCAGGGCAGGGCACUUCAUGGAACGCUGGAGGCAAGUGGGGUAAUAAUGCUGAGCGCCAGGGGACCAGCUAGCGUGUCGGGCGGGAGAGAGCAUUGGUUGCCGUAUUUGUAGUCUGUCGAGGAGGGGAGGCCGCUUUGGCGUCCGAUAGCCCCCAUUCCCCGUGCCACCGGCACCAAAGGUCUAAGUGCAUAGGGCGAAGGCGGUCCGUCACUGGAUGGUGGCCGCUCCGUGCGGGUGGGGCGCGGCGCCUGGACGGGGGCGGGAUGGAGGGGGCUGAGGACCCUGGUUACCCCCGAGAUAGACCAGGAGACGAUGAAAAGGCCGCGGUCGCUGUAUUUAUUUAUAUUUCUUGCAAGCAGUGGCGAGCGGGUGCUUACGGUACACGUCCGUGUGUGUAGAUGCUUGAAAAGUUGAUUUCAUGGGACGUGGGUGCGUGGCCAGUGGCGUGCUGUAGACUGGGUCUUGCGGCAGACUGGCACGUGCCAACAACCCAAAAACCUGCCGUCUUCAAUCCUCUGUAAGUCCGGAAACUU